AUGGCAAGGACUUUCGGAUCUCACAUUCCAACGAUGUGCAUUGAAUUCAUGAUGCACCAUGGUCCAUGUGUUACCUCCCUUGACCAUCUUGCUAUUCCAAGCCAUAAUGACAAGCGUGAAAGGUUGGUGAAGGCAAGUCGGGACAUCACAAUUAAUAGCAAAAAGGUCAUAUUUCAGGUGCACAGCUUUCUUCUCACUGCCCCUCCUCCUAAUAACAGAAUGAGCAAGUGCAACAGAGUUGAAGUUCUGGAAAAGGCAGAAAAGGAUUUAGCGGUUGUGACAGAUCAGUAUAUGUCCCGUCUAGUAAAAGAACUGCAAGGGACUGAUUUCUGGAAGCUAAGACGAGCAUACUCUCCCGGGGUACAAGAGUAUGUUGAAGCCGCAACACUCUGUAAUUUCUGCAAAACUGGGACUCUUCUGAAUCUUGAUGAGAUCAAUGCUGCCUUGUUAUCGCUGAGCGAUCAGUCUGUCGAGCCUCUGCAGAUCAAUGUCCUCGACUAUCUCUUGGGGCUUGCCGACUUGACAGGAGAGCUGAUGAGGUUGGCCAUUGGUCGAAUAUCAGAUGGUGAACUUGAAUUUGCUGAAACGAUCUGCAGGUUUGUGCGUGAUAUCCACAGAGAGCUUAUCCUUCUUGCCCCAAAGAUGGAUGACAGUGCAGACAUGAAAGCAAAGAUGGACACGAUGCUCCAAAGUGUAAUGAAGAUAGAAAAUGCUUGCUGUAGUGUUCAUGUGAGAGGAUCAGAGUACAUUCCACUUCUUGGAUCGGCUGAUUCAAGUUAUUCCUUAUUGGGGAUGCCUGACCUUGAAUGAUGAAUUCACAUCUGGAGACAAAUUACAGGAAGAAGUUUGCUUGAUUAGUCAAUCAGAAAACUCUGAUCCCUUUGACCAUUUGAUUCUCCUAAAGUCCCUUCAGGUUCUUCUGUUUCUCUUCUUGCAAGUCAGGCCCUCAUGACCCACCAAGCAGGCGAGAUACAAUGUAUAGUUCUUGAAAGGAAAACUUGUGUAUGUUUCUGCUAUUUGGGAACUGUCAAUCUGGAAGCAAAUGGUUUGUCACUUAUAAGGGAAGUAAUGAAAUUUUAACAGGAAAGUCUGUUGGGCUGUAAUAGUGUGGCAUCUGGGCAUGAGAAUGAAUCUAUACGGCUAUUUUUGAGGUAAAGCUCUCAAAGGUUCUCAUUUGGGACAGUGAUUGGGGCAUCAGUUUGUUCCCAUGAUUAUUGUGCGGGAAUUUCAAUUUUUGAUAUUUCAAGUUGACAAAAUGUUGACUUGUUUGUUGACUUCUCAUCUUGUCUUAUAAACACAGGAAUUUAUAGAACUUGUG